CAAGUUUAUUUGUCACAUGCAUAGUACAAUGAAAUGCUUACGUGCAGGUUCACUUUCGACAAUGUGACAUAAUAAGAAUAGUAAAUAUAAACUUAAUGGAAUAAUUGCUAUGGCUGGUAGGGAUUUACUCUGUUAGCAUUUACAAUUUUUUCUGAAGUCUCGAUAGGUUGUUUUCCAAUGCUCAUGGGGAAGACUUAAAGAUGAAGGUCUUGUAGGGGUGUUUCCCUGUGGCUGCUGACCUAGGAGCAGUGUUCUGGAGGUGUGUGUGUUCUAGGCAUGCAAAGUGUGUCCCUCUCCCAGCAAGCCCAACAAAGGCAAGCUAAAAUACCAAGUUAAGGUAAUGGAUAAAAAGGAUCACAAGUCACAACAAAGAAUAAAAGAUACUUGCCACUGAAGAUAGCAAGACUAUCUCACCCUCAUCAGUCUCCUCUUUCCUUCUUCCCAGCCUCCUCUUUUUAAUGACCCUUAUUAUUACCAUCAUAGAACAAUAUACACAACCUCCACUCCAUCUUGUUGCUGGAAACCAUUGUCUACACAUCAUUAUCAUGCUGGUAAUCGUUUAUGGUGCUCUAACACUUGGCAUGUUUUUCCUUAAUCAACUCGAAAGUAAUAGCAGAGUGAUGUGCAUUGUGGCUCACAAUGAGGUGCCAAAUCCCUUUAUGUCUGGGAAGCUUUACACAAACACAGGAAGUCCAGUGUUUCAAGGCAACGGCGAGGGGAGUAGGAGUCAGAGCCAUGGCCUGCGUCUCUCUUUCUCCUCUGAUGGGAAGUUCAGAUUAACGGUGGGUGGUAAACCUGCAGCUCGUACACCUCAUUGUUGCAGUCCAGAAACAACCUAACCGGAGUCCAAGGUCUGCAGUGCACACUGGUUUCAUUGUAAUGCAUGGCACUGCACAGUAGUGAUCUGCUACUGGGGUGAAAUUUAGGUAAACUUUUUUUAAUAGGAAGUAAUAAAAACAAAUGGGCAGGACCCUGGAUCUGUGUCAAGAGUUACUCAGAACCAACACAACUGAGAAGUUACUAUAGCUAAGGCCAGAGUUAUACAUUAGCAUAUGACCUGACCAGGAUUGGAAAAACUCCUGGCUCCGAUUAUAGGGAUUAAUCGAAAGCAGUGGUAUUCAACUCUGACCCUACGAGGUCCGGAGCCUGCUGGUUUUCUGUUCUACCUGAUAAUACAUUUCACCCACCUGAUGUCGCAGGUCUAAAUGAGUUCCUGAAUAGAGGGGAACAAUGAAAAAAAUGCAGUGGAACUGUCUUCGAGGUCCAGAGUUGAGUUGGAGGGAUCUAAAGCAUACUCUAAUUUCCCCCUGAAUCUAUUAUUCAAUAGUCUGUCUAAAACUCCAUUGGAAUAUGUAUUUGUAGGACAGUGUGGUUGAUUCGCCAGAGAUCUGAGUAGUCAUUCACCCCAAUGCUUUUUGCAGCUUGUCUUCUCUAAAGAAUAUUCAACUUGACCUAAAGAACAACCCUCCUCACUUACUCCUAAACUGCAGGCGUUGUAGGAUGCUUUCUGAUCCACCAUGGAAGCCUGGAAGUAUCUUGGAGAAACACAGGGACAUCCAGUGGUGAGCAGAUGUCUUGUUGCCAUCCUAAACGGUAUGAUUAACAUAGCUUCCUAGAUGUCCUCUUUUUUCUUAGAAGUGGACUAUAUCAAUUAAAGCGAAAACUAGUGAAAAAGUAUUCACAUAAACAGCUAAUGCCACCCAGGUGGAUUACUACAGGCGCUCACCACCAAAUAGUACUAUUUUGCAUUGGUGUAUAUCUGCAGUGUUGUGAUAUUUAUAUAACACCACUAGAUGGCAUAUUUACUCAAAACAUGUCCAAACCUGACAACAAGACCAGACUAAACCAUGUAAAACAGACAGAUGGCGCAAAUGUUGCAGAACUGCAGAAUGACAUAUUUUGGAAAUACAGCAUGUUCCAUUCCUCAAAAGCUACACAGCCCACGUUUGUUUUCAAUAUCAUGGGAUGUUCUGCUAAAGAUUCUCUAAUUAUUUUAGAGACAUACAGUGAAGAUGAAAGAGUUUAUGCUUUGAGUCCUUGGUAAAUAGCCCAGGGCUAUUAGGGUUAUACAUUAUUUCCGUAAUAUGAACCCCAAAGCACAAUUUCCAAAAAUGCAUAUUUCCAAUCAAUUUAACUGCAUUGACAUGCAAAUAUAACACAUGGUAAUCCAUGAGUUAUUUCUGAAUGUGGCCAAAAUCUGCUAUACCUGAUGACAUUUUAAUGUAAUUUUGGAUAACCAGUCCAGAAGUCAGAAGAGGGAGGGCACCGGAGGAAAAUGAAAAAAAAUAACCCUUUCGUGUGUCCCUGAAAGCCUAUUGGUCCAAUUUUUCCCUGCUGCCACAAUACUGCAGACACGUAACCAUCCUGUUUUAGUCAGUUUAAGCUUGCACUUACAAUACAAGGCUUUAACAUUUGCUAUCUACAUAAGCACACUUUUAAUGUCAUAUUGACAAAACCUUUGCUCGCCGAUUCGAAUCGCUGGAAGUGGACCAUGGCGGCUGCCACGAGCAGCAAUACAUCCACAACCACGCUUCAGAUAAAGCAUUCCAGUAUCGAGCAUACGCGGAAACGCAUAGACCCUCGGAGGAGACAAGCCGCACUCUCUUUUCUCAGUAACAUUUCUUUGGAUGGUCGACCGGUGCAAGAUGAUGCCGACAGUCAGAUCGAAGAGGAUAAUUCAAUUGAGUCGAGGACUAGACAGAGCCUGGUUUCUGCAGCAGAGCGUCCGCUGUACGCGGCUGGCAGUGGCACAGGGGUAGCGACCCCCACGGCCACCCAGGCGCUCGCUAUUGCAAACCAGGCUCUGAUUGCUAACGCACGAGAUAGUUUUGGGAUUGGUCCCGCCGCUGCAGCUCAAGCGUGUACAGAUCCGGAAGGGGAUGCUUUCGGCCCUUCGAUUUUCAGUUCGCCUUUCUCUGCAGUACCAGCCGCGAUUAGAGGCAGGCUUCAGACCUACACUCAGGGAGUUGUGCCUGCUGCCUACUCCAGGCAGGCUUCCCAAGUCUUCUGUUUGGAGGGAGGACAGAUAGCCAACUCUGUCCUGGAGCUGCAGAGAUCAAGACGGAGGCUCAUCUCUCAGCGAUCCUCCUUGGAGACACUGGAAGACAUUGAGGAGAACGCCCCUCUACGCAGAUGCAGAACCCUCUCAGGUUCACCCCGACCAAAGAGCUUCAAAAAGGUCCACUUCAUCAAGAACAUGAGGCAACAUGAUAUGCGCAAUGGAAGGAUAGUCCUAAUCAGUGGCAGAAGAUCCUUGUAUAGUGUAUUUUCUGUCCUGCCCUAUCGAGAUUGUAGCCAAGCAGGGGAUGUGAAACUGGAAAGCGGGCGGCAGCGUCACCCCUCGGGCGGGGUCAGUGCCAAGGAGAUGGUGAUCGGGCUGGAGGGAGUGGAGCUGGGGGCCUAUGGAAAGACUGUAUCAUACACUCAGUUCCUGUACCCCACCAACGCCCUGGGCAGCGGACGCAGGAACACCAUCGACUCCACUUCAUCCAUCUCUCAGUCUCGUAACGCCAGCCACCGCAGCCUCAGCUUGGGCCGGGCCAACAGCAAUCAGAGCAGCAUCGACACAGGUCAGGCAUGGAAUGAUCUGGGGGACUUGAUCCGGGAGUAUGACCCCAAUCUGUUGGACGAUCCCCAGUGGCCGUGUGGGAAGCACAAGAGAGUCCUCAUCUUUCCCUCCUACAUGACUACAGUCAUAGAGUACGUCAAGCCUUCUGACCUCAAGAAGGACAUGAAUGAGACGUUCAAGGAGAAGUUCCCCCACAUACGGCUGACCCUCAGCAAAAUCAGGAGUCUGAAGAGAGAGAUCCGUAAAUUGGCCCAGGAAGAGUGUGGCUAUGAGGAACCCACCGUAGCCAUGGCCUUCGUCUACUUCGAGAAGCUGGUCCUCCAGGGGAAACUCAACAAGCAGAACCGCAAACUCUGCGCCGGUGCUUGCGUCCUGCUCGCUGCCAAGAUUGGCGGAGACCUCAAGAAGCACGAGGUCAAGCAGCUCAUAGACAAACUGGAGGAGAGGUUUCGUGUGAACAGGAGAGAGCUGAUAGCCUUUGAGUUCCCUGUGCUUGUAGCCCUGGAGUUCAACCUGUACCUGCCUGAGCACGAGGUCAUGCCCCACUACAGACGCCUCGUCCAGACCUCCUAGCAUUAGUGACCCGUCAGGAGGAGCACCUAGACCAUGCCCUUCUGAUCCAGGACCAGAAUCUACACCACACCCUCCUCCCCACCCCACCACUGGGUGCCACGACCUUGUCUCCUCUCUGCAGCCUGGGGAUCCAUUAUGGACCAUGAUGUGGGAGCUCCACUACACUCUACUGCAGGCCACAUUCAUAUGUUCAUUUCCAGAUCAAGACUUGAAAGCAGCCAAAGUGACACGUAUUUCCAUACACAUAUUCUUACUUCAACAUUUUUCUCAGACUUUUACUCCUACAUUCGAGACCAGUUACAUCUUCAAAAUACUUACACUAUCAUUCAAAAGUUUGGGGUCACUUAGAAAUGUCCCUGUUUCUGAAAGAAAAUCACAUUUUUUUUGUCCAUUAAAAUAACAUCAAAUUGAUCAGAAAUACAGUGUAGACAUUGUUAAUGUUGUAAAUAACAAUUGUAGCUAGAAAUGACAGAUUUUGUCAAAUUGAAUAUUUACAUACAAAAGGCCCAUUAUCAGCAACCAUCACUCCUGUGUUCCAAUGGCACAUUGUGUUAAAAGGCUAAUUGAUCAUUAGAAAACUCUUUUGCAAUUAUGUUAGCACAGCUGAAAACUGUUGUUCUGAUUAAAGAAGCAAUACAACUGGCCUCCUUUAGACUAGUUGAGUAUCUGGAGCAUUAGCAUUUGUGGGUUUGAUUACAGGCUCAAAAUGGCCAGAAACAAAUAACUUUCUUCUGAAACUCGUCAGUCUAUUCUUAUUCUGAGAAAUGAACGCUAUUCCAUGUGAGAAAUUGCCAAGAAACUGAAGAUCUCAUACAACGCUGUGUACUACUCCAUGCACAGAACAGCGCAAACUGGCUCUAACCAGAAUAGAAAGAGGAAUGGGAGGCCCCGGUGCACCACUGAGUAAGAGGACAAGUACAUUAGAGUGUCUAGUUUGAUAAACAGACGCCUCACAAGUCCUCAACUGGCAGCUUCAUUAAAUAGUACCCGCAAAAGACAAGUCUCAAUGUCAACAGUGAAAAGGUGACUCCGGCCUUCUAGGCAGAGUUGCAAAGAAAAAAACAUAUACUGGCCAAUAAAAAUAAUAGAUUAAGAUGGGCAAAAGAACACAGAUACUGGACAGAGGAAGAUUGGAAAAAAGUGUUAUGGACAGACGAAUCUAAGUUUGAGGUGUUCGGAUCACAAAGAAGAACAUUCGUGAGACGCAGACAAAAUGAAAAGAUGCUGGUGUCAAGCAUGGUGGAGGCAAUGUGAUGGUCUGGGGGGGCUUUGUUGGUGGUAAAGUGGGAGAUUUGUACAGGGUAAAAGGGAUCUUGGAAGAAGGAAGGCUAUCACUCCAUUUUGCAACUCCAUGCCAUACCCUGUGAACGGCACUUAAUUGGAACCAAUUUCCUCCUACAACAGGACAAUGACCCAAAGCACAGCUCCAAACUAUGCAAGAACUAUUUAGGGAAGAAGCAGUCAGCUGGUAUUCUGUCUAUAAUGGAGUGGCCAACACAGUCACCGGAUCUCCGGAUUGAGCAGUUGUGUGGGAGCAGCGUGACUGUAUGAUAUUAAAGAAGUGCCCAUCAAGCCAAUCCAAUUUUUGGGAGGUGCUUCAGGAAGCAUGGGGUGAAAUCUCUUCAGAUUACCUGAACAAAUUGACAACUAGAAUGCCAAAGGUAUGCAAGGCUGUAAUUGCUGCAAAUGGAGGGUCCUUUGACGAAAGCAAAGUUUGAAGGACAGAAUUAUUUUUUCUAACCUUGUCAACAUUUUCUAUUCAUUUUGUAACUCAUUUCAUGUAUGUUUUCAUGGAAAACAAGGACAUUUCUAAGUGACCCCAAACUUUAACGGUAGCGUAUGAAAGGGAGAAUCCUAUUUUCCUCCACUUUGAAAAACAAACAAAAAAAGAUCAAGACUUUUUACAUCCUCUGCUUUUUUCUUUGAGGUUUCAUGUCAUCUUUCUAGUUAAAGAGCAUUGCAAGAUGCUUUUUUUUGUCAAAGCAAAUUAUUGCUUUGUGAUUGUUACAUUUGCACUAAUCACAUUUUUAUUUUUAGAUCCCAUCUUUAUUUUUGUGAGAGAGAUAAUUGAUUUCAUUGGUUCCUCGUUCCUAUGUGGAACUUUGGCUUGUUUUGGUUGCCUUAUGAUCAUCAUAAGAAUGAAUUGCACUGCAGCUUUUGACAGGACUGUUAUCAAAGUGAAUGCUUUUUGAAAGACAUUUUCCAGUCUCCUCACUAGAAGUAUACUUUUGAAUAAUGCAGAUAUGGAUGGAUGUGAUUUGAGAAUGACUUGUGAUGAAACAAACGGGUUCUGAUUAAGUUCAGUUGACUCAAACCACAAAAGGGCAAGUUUAUGUAAAUGGUUCCAUUUAUUUUCUCAUCCAUUUUCCCUUUUCUAUUUUCUAGCCACCAAUCCCACUAUCAGCAUGACAAUUUAUUUUUUAAAAAUUGGUAAAAUACACAGAUUUAAUGGGAUUUUAUACUGUAUAGUAUUAAGUACAUUUAAGUACUCUUCUUGUUUUCUACCUGUGGAGUGCUUGCUUUGGACAUUCGGUGACUGACCUACUCUUACCAGUGUGUAGUCUCCUGUGCUCUAUGUUAGAGUGAGUUAUCAGUGCGUUUCUGGUGCUAUACUGGAGUGGGUGGAAAGAUAUUGGAAGCAAGUCAUGAUGAUGCCAAUGACCAAUGAUACAGAUCUGGUAUUGAAGCUGAACUUCUUAGUCACAAUAUCUGUCAUGACCGGACCAAGUGUUUAAAUGGCAUGGUAUCUGUCAUGACCGGACCAAGUGUUUAAAUGGCAUGGUAUCUGUCAUGACCGGACCAAGUGUUUAAAUGGCAUGGUAUCUGUUAUGACCGGACCAAGUGUUUAAAUGGCAUGGUAUCUGUCAUGACCGGACCAAGUGUUUAAAUGGCAUGGUAUCUGUCAUGACCGGACCAAGUGUUUAAAUGGCAUGGUAUCUGUCAUGACCGGACCAAGUGUUUAAAUGGCAUGGUAUCUGUUAUGACCGGACCAAGUGUUUAAAUGGCAUGGUAUCUGUCAUGACCGGACCAAGUGUUUAAAUGGCAUGGUAUCUGUUAUGACCGGACCAAGUGUUUAAAUGGCAUGGUAUCUGUCAUGACCGGACCAAGUGUUUAAAUGGCAUGGUAUCUGUCAUGAUUGCAAUAUUGUUGUGCCACCAAUCUUUUAUGACGUGUGGUUCAAGCUCGAAAGUCACCUUUGGAAUGGUAUGCUAAUGGAAUUGUUGUGACAUCAUAGCAGUGUUACCAAGAGUUUAUCUUAUUUUAUUAGAUCCAACUUUAGUCUUUUGAACACUUCUCUUUUUCUUUGGUUUGAAUGGACAAAUCAAACAGGCCUUACAGAAACGAGCUUUAUGCUACAUGCACAUAUCCAUGUCUGAUCAGAAAGUUUAGGAUGGUGAAAAUCCUUUUGUCAUGCACCUCAGCCACGUCCUAAGUGCAAUGCUUAUUAAAUUGCCCUUUUCAAAUGUGUGUAGCUGUAAUAUUGACCUGUAAUGUUGGGUAUAUAUUCUCUCAAUCUGAAAUUGACUAUAUAAACUUUGAUACAACAACGUAGGUUAAUGCUGAACUAUGUCACAGAGAAACAUGGAUACAUUGUUCAAGUAAAAAUAGACAAUGUGUGAAUUGCCAUGUGUUUGAAUCAGGCUUAUUGUAUUCAACACAGAAGGAUUGACUUUAAUCUGAUUGCUGUGAUUGAGUAAUCAGAAAAGAUGGAUAGUGCUGAAAUUGGGGUGAAAUACAUUUGAGAGAAGUUCUGAUUCUAUUUGUAAGCCCAAGAGGUUUUGCCAUAGGAUACCCACUUUUAGGCUUUUCCAGAAAGCUGAUGGUCAACAGCAUUCAAAUACACGUGCGUAUGUUUGUAAAUAUACUGCUUUGCUUGUUCAAUAAAAACAAGAUUCCUGAAAUGUGA